GUUGCCAUAAAACUAAGAACUGGCUAGCACUUCAUCCAACACAGACCACUCAGUUAGAACCACGCAAAUAUUAUCCCAAUCGCAUAGAAUUCUACUUGCCUUGGCUAAACUUCUGAUGGCAUUUUCUUUCUCCUCUACCUCCACAAUCCCACGAACAAACCCGACUUUGCAAUCCAAUCACAGCAUAAAUGAUGCUCGGAACCGAAAACUCAAUGUGAUUACUAGAUGUGAAUCUAGAGAAUCAUCAUCAUCAGAGACAAAUUUGCCAGCAAAAAGUACUCCCAAACUUGGGAUAGGGUCUCCUGUAGUUGUUAUUGAGGCUCCCAAAAUGAUCAAGACAGCAGCAACCAUGCCCUGCCUCCGGGUUAACACCGGCUUCGUUAAGCCUGGUGAUGUGGGAAGAAUUGUGUCAAGAAAGCCCAAGGAUGUGUGGGCAGUUCGUCUUGCUAUUGGCACCUAUCUCAUAGAUGGCAAAUAUUUCAAGCCCUUGGAGCUCAGUGAAUGAUGAGCUACGAGGUUGUUUUCAGGUGGGAUCGGAAGACUUCAUGCUCCUGUACGGGUGUGAUAAUGGAAGUGUAGUAGAACACGCCUUGCAUGGCAAAGCUUGAGAUUUUUCUCUCUUGUUCUUUCUUAAUUUAUCAAUAUGAUAUUCUCUUCGUGCCCA